AUGACCGACUCAGGGAAGAUCACCAUCUCCAUUGACCGCGGUGGCACUUUCACCGACGUCCAUGCAAUUGUGCCUGGCCGGUCGGAUAUCAUUCUUAAGCUUCUUUCAGUGGACCCUUCACAUUAUCAAGAUGCACCCACUGAGGGUAUUCGCCAAAUCUUGGAGCUCGCAACGGGCGAGUCACAUCCCCGCGGCCAACCGUUGAAGCUCGACCGCAUCGGCUGCCUCCGAAUGGGCACGACGGUCGCCACAAAUGCAUUGCUCGAGCGCAAGGGGGCUCGAUCAGUAUUAUUCACCACUAAGGGAUUCCGGGAUCUACUCAAGAUUGGUGACCAGUCUCGUCCAGCCAUCUUUGACCUGUCCAUGGCUCGACCCGGAGUGCUGCCAGAAGGUGUUGUCGAAGUCAACGAACGAGUAGUUCCAUGCCACCCUGCCGCGGAUGAGAACUGCUUCUCUGGCUCUCGUAUCGUGGAAGGAAUCACGGGCGAGAAGUUCCGCGUCGUGCAAGAAUUAGAUCUGGCCCAGGUGCGGACAGAGCUCCAGCGUCUCAAGGAGCAAGGGUACCAGUCUCUUUCAGUUGCCCUGGUACAUUCAUUUGCCUAUCCGGACCAUGAAAUUCAGAUUGGGGAGAUUGCAGAGCAAAUGGGCUUCUCCGUCACACUAUCUUCCAAGCUGCAGCCCAUGAUCAAGAUCGUGCCUCGUGGCAUGUCGGCCGCAGCUGAUGCCUACCUCACACCCGUGAUCAAGACUUAUAUCGACUCCAUCUCAGCCAGCUUUGAAGGUGGUCUGGAGAGCCAACAAGCUUGCCGAUUUGAAUUCAUGCAGUCUGAUGGUGGACUGGUUGACUUCCGCAAGUUCAGCGGUUUGAAGGCCAUUCUAUCCGGACCCGCUGCUGGCGUGGUUGGAUUUGCAGCCACCAGUUGGGAUCCUGUUGAGAAGAUCCCCGUUAUUGGAUUCGACAUGGGUGGUACAUCAACCGAUGUCUCUCGAUUCGAUGGACACUUGGAACACGUCUUCGGAUCUAAAGUUGCCGGUGUCCUAAUCCAGUCACCCCAGCUUGAUAUCAACACAGUCGCCGCUGGCGGUGGCUCCAUUCUCACAUGGCGCAACGGCCUUUUCUACGUUGGUCCCGAGUCUGCCAGUGCUCAUCCUGGCCCGGCUUGUUACCGCAAAGGAGGCCCUCUCACUGUGACGGACGCCAACCUGUUCCUGGGCCGACUGCUGCCCGAGUACUUCCCGCACAUGUUCGGUCCCAACGAGGACCAGCCACUUGACACGGAGAUCACAGCACAAAAGUUCCUCGCAUUGACUCAAGAGAUCAACGUUGAGCGUCGGCACCACUUCCAGCCAGAGUACACACCAGAGGAGGUUGCUUUGGGAUUCCUCAAGGUUGCCGACGAGUCAAUGGCCCGGCCAAUCCGCAAUCUUACUGAAGCCCGUGGUUUCGAGACCGCCUCCCACCAUUUGGCGUGCUUCGGGGGUGCUGGUGGUCAGCAUGCAUGCUCUGUUGCCGUCUCGCUGGGUAUUUCGCGUAUCAUCAUUCACAAAUAUUCCUCAGUCCUGUCAGCGUACGGACUAGCACUGGCAGAGGUCGUCAAAGAGUCACAGGAGCCGGUGUCUUCGGACUAUCUUUCUUCUCAUUCAAGUCUGCUUCAACGAUUUGAUGACAUGGCCGCAACUGCGACAACAGAAAUGGAAGGACAAGGAUUUGCAUCAAGCCAGGUGCGACAUGAGCAGUACCUCAACAUGCGGUACGAAGGAUCAGACACGAGUCUCAUGAUCCUACGACCUGAAGGAUCUUCAGAUUUCCUGGCUGAAUUCCGCGAACGCCACCGUCGUGAGUUCAACUUCAACUCUGAGCGAGCCGUGCUUGUCGAUGAUAUUCGUGUGCGUACGAUUGCCUCUUCUAAGGUCCGCACCGAACGCAGCCCUCUCCUGCAGCUGAAGGAUGCCGAUCUCCACGAUGUCACAACGCUGCCGGCCAACACUACAUCUGCUUACUUUGACGGACACCCCACGCGCAUUGACACCCCUGUGUAUCUGCUCGAUCAAUUGGAGAAGCACAGCCGCAUCUUCGGUCCUGCCGUUAUCAUUGAUCAAACCCAGACGAUUGUCGUGGCUCCCAACUCUGUUGCCAACCUACUUGAAACAUGCAUCGUCAUCGAUAUUCUGAAGGAGACUCAAUCAGUUUCAGCACCAGAAACUCAGACAUCGUCCGAGAUUGACCCGAUCCGUCUCAGUAUCUUCGGACAUAGAUUCAUGUCUAUCGCCGAGCAGAUGGGACGCACUCUUCAGAAGACUUCCGUGUCGACUAACAUCAAGGAGCGAUUGGACUUCUCCUGCGCCCUGUUCUCCCCCGAUGGAGGCCUUGUCGCGAACGCCCCUCACGUUCCUGUCCACUUGGGCUCGAUGCAAUUCGCUGUGCGUUACCAGCAUCAAAAGUGGCUGGGCAACCUGAAGGAUGGCGAUGUACUCGUGGCCAACCACCCUAGCUGCGGUGGCACUCAUCUCCCUGAUAUUACGGUCAUCACCCCCGUCUUCGAUAGACCCGGUGGCACCGAGAUCAUGUUCUACGUUGCAUCGCGCGGUCACCACGCAGACAUUGGCGGUAUCCUACCUGGUUCCAUGCCUCCCAAGUCGACAGAGCUGUGGCAGGAGGGUGCAGCCAUCGAAGGCGACAAGAUCGUCAGCGAUGGGGUUCUCGACGAAGCCCGUCUGAUCGAGUUGCUGGUCACCAAGCCCUCUCAAUAUCCCGGCUGCUCUGGUGCACGUUGCAUCAGUGACAACCUCUCCGAUCUCAAGGCACAGAUCGCCGCCAACACCCGAGGUAUCAGCCUCAUUCAGACUCUCUUCAACGAGUAUGGCGUUGAAACCGUGCAAAAGUAUAUGUACGCCAUUCAGGCUACUGCCGAGACGGCUGUCCGGAAUCUUCUCAAGGGGCUACACCAGAAGUUCGGUGGUCAGCCUCUGGAGGCAGUUGAUUACAUGGAUGAUGGUACACCCAUUCGCCUCAAGGUCACCAUUGAUGGGUCGAACGGAUCUGCCAUCUUCGACUUUGAUGGUACUGGACCUGAAGUGUACGGCAGUUGGAACGCUCCCAUUGCCAUCACUCAUUCCGCCAUUAUCUAUUGUCUGCGGUGCAUGAUCAACGCCGACGUCCCCCUGAACCAGGGCUGCCUGGCUCCAAUUGACAUCCGCGUCCCCUCUCCUAGCAUCUUGUCACCAACGAAGACUGCUGCAGUCGUGGGAGGCAACGUGGUCACCUCCCAGCGCAUCACCGACGUUGUCCUCAAAGCCUUCCGAGCCUGCGCAGCAUCGCAGGGCUGCUGCAACAACCUGACAUUCGGCACCAACCCCAAGAUCGAUGCUGAAACCGGAAAGGUGAUCACCCCUGGAUUCGGAUACUACGAGACGAUCGCAGGUGGCAGCGGCGCCGGUCCUACUUGGAAGGGUGAAUCCGGUGUUCAGGUUCACAUGACGAAUACUCGUAUUACGGACCCCGAAAUUCUGGAGAAACGUUAUCCGACUCUCCUUCGCCAAUUCACACUUCGCAACGGCUCUGGUGGACGAGGCAAGAACCCCGGUGGCGAGGGUGUAGUCCGUGACAUCGAGUUCCUCGCUCCAAUGCAGUGCUCCAUCUUGUCCGAGCGUCGUGUGCACCGUCCUUAUGGAUUGGAGGGCGGUCAAGAUGCAGAACCGGGUUUGAACCAGUGGAUCACGAAGAAUGUUGAAACUGGUGAGGAGCGACACAUCAAUAUUGGAGGCAAGAACACUGUCUCCGUGAAGACACAUGACCGGGUGGUUAUCAUGACUGCUGGUGGUGGUGGAUGGGGUGCCGAGGAGUUGGCUGCUUAA